GAAUUGUAUCCCGAUGAUGCGAUUUAUUACAGCAAUAGGGCAUUGUGCUAUUUGAAAAUGGAAAGAUAUGACGAAUGCAUUGACGAUUGUGAUCGGGCAACAGAAAUCGAUAAUUUAGCAGUGAAAGCUUAUUAUCGUCGCAUGCAGGCAAAUGAGUGCUUAGGCAAUAAUAUGGAUGCCCUUAAGGAUUGUACUACAGUACUAAUGAUUGAGCCCAAAAACAGUGAGGCAAAUCGCAGCCUGGAAAGGAUUAACGAACGCUUACGUAAAAAUGCGAAAAACUCAAAAGGUCCCAAUUUCACAAGUCUGCGUAGCAAUGUUGUGGAUAUUUUACCCAUUGAUAAGCCAGCCUAUAAACGUUCUACGAAACCCUUAAAGCGUAUACCAAUUGCUGAUGUUGUUGGACCGAAAGAAAUUAAAAAUAAUGAUUGUCUUAAAAUGUCAGAUGAGGAUAUUGAUAAGAUGUUUAAUAGUUAUAGCGGUGUUAUUAAAGAGAUUAAAAAUCCCGAAGAAAGACUUAAGGCCAAAGAAAAUGCUGCUGCUGCGGCCAAACAAACAAAACCUGUUGCAGUGGAUAAUAAGGAUAAUAUAAAACACAAUGAAAAUAAAGAAAAUGUAGAAGAGAAAUCAACUUCAAAGGAUGCACAACCGGAAAAGGCACACAAAGAAAAUGAAGUUAAGAAAACUAAUGAGGCCAAAGAACAAGAUUCGAAUAAAAUUGAAAGUGUAAACAAGUUGACAACAAAUAUUGUUGAUGACAACAUUAACUACAAUCGUCCCCUACCAGAAGCUCCAAUAUCCUCUGCUCAAUUUUAUUCCAAUUGGAAAGAGUUAUCACCACAACAUAAAUAUGAAUAUCUGAAAAGUAUUAAUCCCAAUAAUGUGUGUAAAAUUCUGGGAGCUGGUUUUGAUUCCGACACCCUAACCGAUGUCAUACGCACACUACAUGAUUUCUAUUUGCCGACAAAGGAUGCAACCUUAGCUAAAACUCUACUGGAAGUUAGUAAAAAUAAACAGGUGCCCAUUUUGUCAUUGCUAAUGUCCAAUGAGGAGAGGAAGGCCCUUUCCGAAAUUGUUAACUCCCUGAAGGGUGACAGUUCUUCGGAUGCAGCUGCAGCGCAAAUAAUGAAAAAUUUCAAU